GUCUGGCGCAGCGGUGAAUGCUUGAUAGAACGAGGCAGCUUGUCGCCAGUUAUCAUAACAAGAUGUUAUCGAUUGUAAUACAGCAGCUCUUACCAAAGGACUCUUAUCUUCUCUGCAGCACUUACAUUGCUUGAACUGGGACUAUCACGGUAUAUAAAGGACAGCCAGUGGCGAUAGUACUUCACAUUUCAAUUGCAAUUGCAGUCCAAGUAGUCGCCUUGCCUGACAAAAUGAGAUUCUUGAUCCUCCUUGCUCUGUUCGGCGCUGCCUACGGGACCCUGCGCAAUGAGGUCGAUCAGCUGCUCCCGUUCCUGCGCAUGGACGAAGUGCGUGUGAUCUACAUGCGUUACGUGCAGAGCGACGCUCAGGUUGGCGAGAUCUGGAGCUUCCUGCAGUCGGCUGAGACUGAUGCCGCUUGGCGUGUGCUGAUCUCGUCCCCUGAGUUGCAGGAGAUCAGCGCCUUUAGUGAGGCUAGGGGUGUCAGCAUCCGCGACUACCUGAACGGCAUUGCUGGCAUGCUCGGCCUGACUCCGAUCACCCGUUCGGCCAACGCCAAGUCUCCCGCAUCCCGCUCCUGGAACGCCAUGAUGGACGAGAUCCGUGCCCUUGUCGAUCUGCCCGGAGCCGAAGCUCUAGCCCGCUCCUUCAUCGCCAACCCAACCAGCGAGUUCGGUGAGCUAUACCGUUUGACCCAGAGCAAACGUGACGGUUUCACCCGUGUCAUCGAGCACCCGGAUGUCCUCCGUUUCUCCGCCCAGCUGCGCGCCUUCGGCGUCGACGUUGACCAGAUCAUUGCGCGUUUCCGUGCUUUCUUCGAGUGGAAUUAA